AUGUUGGUGCUGGUAUUAGGAGACCUGCACAUCCCACACUGGUGCAACAGCUUGCCGGCUCAAUUCAAGGAGCUUCUGGUUCCAGGAAAGAUUCAGCACAUUCUCUGCACUGGAAACCAUUGCACCAAAGAGAGUUAUGACCGUCUCAAGACCCAGGCCAGUGAUGUUCAUAUUGUGCUAGGAGACUUUGAUGAGAAUCUGAAUUACCCAGAACAAAAAGUUGUGACAGUGGGUCAGUUCAAAACUGGUCUAAUCCAUGGACAUCAAGUCAUUCCCUGGGGAGAUAAGCCUAGCUUAGCCCUGUUGCAGAGGCAGUUUGAUGUGGGCAUUCUUAUCUCAGGGCACACACACAAAUUUGAAGCACUUGAGCAUGAAAAUAAAUUCUACAUUAACCCAGGUUCGGCCACUGGGGCAUAUAAUGCCUUGGAAACAAAUAUUAUUCCAUCAUUUGUGUUGAUGGAUAUCCAAGCUUCUACAUUGGUCACUUAUGUCAAUCAGCUAAUUGGAGAUGAUGUGAAAGUAGGAUGA